UGUUCCUUUUCAGCGUUCCAAUUCAGAAAAUCACCAGACAGAAAAAAAAAAUACAGAAGAAAAUUAACAGAAGAAAAUUUCCUCACUGAAUUUUCAAAGAAAAAAAAGAUAAUACAGAGAGUGAGAAAAUUAUCCGAAAAUAGCGAAGGGAGGUUAAAGAUAUUUGCUUUCCAUUUUCUGGCAAAAAGAUACCAACACCUCGGCUUUCUUUUCACUUUAUUCUUCAGCUUUGGCUUCUCUUAGGGUUUUUGAGCUUGACGAUUCUUCCAGUUUUGACUUCCUCUGAGGCUUACUGCGUCAGAGAAUUGAACCGUCCGGGUUUCGCCGUCUGUUGUGGAAACUGCUUUUUCGGAGCCAAUUCAGGUACUUGCACGUGGUUCCUCACUGAACAAAUUCCUUUAUAGAGCGUCAUCUAGAGUUGGUUGAAUGAAAUCAGUAUAGGCAGCAUGGAUGAUCUAGUGGCGGAGGAAGUGACCUCAUCAGAUCCAGCAGAGGGUACACAGCUCCAAAGGAAAGAAAAUGAGUUUUCACUGAAACCCGAAAACAACACAUUAGAAUGCCAAGAGAUGCAUAUACCAGGUGAGGACAAUUAUUCCCCAAGCUCACGUCAGGAGUUUUUGGAGAUGUUUGACAGUCAUAGUGUAGAUAGGAAUAUGCGCCAUGUGAAUGGAUUAGAACACCAAUAUAAUAGUCUAGGCUUUAUGGAAGAUGCUGGUUUCACGGGGGAAGAGUUAACCGUGAGAAAUUGCAAUAAUCCAAACUUAGCUAUUCUUGAUACAUCAAACAAUCAAGGAAAGAUGCAAGCUAGGCAGAACUCGUGGCAACAUUUAUAUCAGCUAGCAAGUGGAUCAGGAAGUGGGAGUUCGCGGGUCAAUACUGCAUUCAGGGAUAAUGGGCAGGUAAUGCCCAAUGGCAUGGAGAAUGGGAGGUCCACAUCUUUCCCUGAGUUUUUGGCUCAGAAGGCAUUUAGUGACAACCACUAUGAAGUUGUGGAAGAAUUGACAAAUACUGGAAAUAGAGGGGUUUCAGGCAAUACUUACGCAGGUAUCCGGACAAAAAUCCUAUCUAAAUCAGGCUUUUCUGAGUUUUUUGUUAAAAAUACAUUGAAAGGUAAGGGUGUCAUUUGCAAAGGUCCAUACCAUGCGAGCUGUCAUGUUGAACCUAGAAACCUGAAUAGAGCAAAUGUGGUUGAUGGUUCUAUGUCAUCUUCUUUGGGUGGUGGUUCUAUGGCUGCUUCAGAUCCAAUACUGAGUCCGGAUGCCAAUAUUUUUAUGCCUUCUUCCAAUGGUGAGAAUGUUGGGCCCAGGCCUUGUGGCUCUGAUCAUGAUGGUAUCAGUUUGAGAGAAUGGCUGAAAACUGGACGUCCUAAAGCGAAUAAAGUUGAAUGCAUGAAUAUAUUUAGACAGAUAGUGGAUCUGGUGGAUCACUUCCAUUCUCAAGGAGUUGCUUUGCAUGGAUUGCGGCCUUUUUUCUUCCAGUUGUUGCCUUCAAAUCAGGUCAAGUAUGUCGGCUUACUAGUCCAAAAGGAGAUGUCAGCGAGUAUAAUGGAUGAAGAUAUUUCUCACUCAGAAAAUAGUUCAAUUGGAAAAAAACUAGUCGAGCAGGAGUUUUCAUCUGUUGGUUUAUCUGCAAAGAAGCAAAAGAUCAGUCAGAACACUAGAUUGCAAUGGCCUCAGUUCCUGACCACUUCCUACGUCAGACGUGAAACUAUGAAUACCAGCUGCAUCAACAUCAUUGGUCUGCGGAACAGAAGUGAUGCAUUUGAUGAACGUAACCCAGGUACAAAGCAUGGGACACGUACCAAGUCCAGCAGUCCUCAUAUGCGUAAUGCAGCUCAACAGUUGACUUCAAUAAGUGAUCAUUUGGAAGAGAAGUGGUAUAUUAGUCCGGAGGAACUCAGUGAGGGGAGCUGCACAGCUUUAUCAAAUAUCUACAAUCUGGGUGUUCUUCUUUUUGAGUUACUUGCUCAUUUUGACUCAAAUAGCGCCCUUGCUGCAGCAAUGUCCAACCUGCGCCAUAGAAUUCUCCCCCCUAAUUUUCUGUCAGAAAAUGCUAAGGAGGCUGGAUUUUGUCUUUGGCUACUUCAUCCAGAUCCAUCAUCACGCCCAACAACAAGGGAAAUUCUACAAUCUGAAGUAGUUAAUGGGCUACAGGAGGUUUGUGUAGAAGAAUUGUCAUCUUCUGUGGACCAAGAGGAUGCAGAAUUGGAGUUAUUAUUGCAUUUCCUUACAUCAAUGAAAGAAAAGAAGCAGAAGGCUGCCACCAAGUUGAUGGAAACCAUUCGGUUCCUAGAAGCUGAUGUUGAAGAAGUUGAGAGGAGGCACUGUUCAAGAAAACCCCUGAUUGAUCGUUGCUUGUACAAUGAAUCCCUGAAUGCAAGGAAAAAUACAUUGGUUCUUGAAGAAGAUUCAAGGUCAGAGGGGCUUUCUCCAAUAUCUUCUGUUCCUAGUUCAAAUGAUUCAAGGUUGAUGAGGAAUAUCGAUCAGCUUGAGAGUGCUUACUUCUCGAUGAGAUCAAGAAUUCAGUAUCCUGAGACUGAUUCUACAAUACGCACAGAUAAAGAUUUACUAAGAAAUCGCAAGAAUUGGUGUGUGGCAACGAAAGAUGAAGAAAAGGAGACUGCCACUGAUCGACUGGGAGCCAUCUUCGAUGGUUUGUGCAGGUAUGCUCAUUACAGUAAGUUUGAAGUACGUGGCAUACUAAGAAAUGGAGAUUUCAACAGUUCCUCAAAUGUAAUUUGCUCUUUGAGUUUUGAUCGGGAUGAAGACUAUUUUGCUGCUGCUGGGAUCUCAAAGAAAAUUAAGAUUUUUGAGUUUAAUGCUUUCUUCAACGAUUCUGUUGAUAUUCAUUAUCCGGCGAUUGAGAUGUCAAACAAAUCAAAGAUCAGCUGUGUUUGCUGGAACAACUAUAUCAAAAACUAUCUGGCAUCAACUGAUUAUGAUGGGGUAGUCAAGUUAUGGGAUGCCAGCACUGGUCAAGAAUUUUCUCAAUACAAUGAGCAUGAACGGAGGGCUUGGUCUGUAGACUUUUCUCAAGUAUAUCCGACAAAAUUAGCCAGUGGAAGUGAUGAUGGUUCUGUGAAACUAUGGAGCAUUAAUGAGAAAAAAUGUUUAGGAACCAUCAAGAACAUUGCAAAUGCAAAUGUAUGUUGUGUGCAGUUCUCUGCACACUCAACUCAUUUACUGUCCUUUGGAUCUGCGGACUUCAGAACCUAUUGCUAUGAUCUUCGGAAUACUAAGAUUCCGUGGUGUGUACUGGCCGGCCAUGAGAAAGCUGUAAGCUAUGUAAAAUUUUUGGACUCUGAGACCCUUGUUUCUGCAUCCACUGACAACACAUUAAAGCUAUGGGAUCUUAACAAAAGCAGUAUAAAUGGUCCAUCCACCAAUGCUUGCAGCUUAACCCUUGGGGGACAUACCAAUGAGAAGAACUUUGUGGGUUUGUCCGUUUCAGAAGGUUACAUAGCUUGUGGUUCAGAAACAAAUGAGGUUUAUGCUUACUAUAGAUCUCUGCCUAUGCCAAUCACUUCACACAAGUUUGGCUCUAUAGAUCGUAUUUCUGGAACUGAGACUGAUGAUGAUAAUGGACAAUUUGUUUCGAGUGUCUGCUGGAGAGGGAAAUCAGACAUGGUUGUUGCUGCCAAUUCAAGUGGGUGUAUAAAAGUGUUGCAGAUUAUUUAAGGAAAAGGUAACCCCCUUGACAUCAAUCAAGAAGUCAUUAUCCUUUUGAAACCUUCUUGAUGGCUUGUUAUUCCCUGAGUUUCUUCUGGGAGGCCUAUUAUAAAGCUGAAACUGUAAGUUCAUAUGGCGAAACUCCCGGAAGUAAGUUUUCAUGGAAAGACUAUGAAUCUUAGAUUCUUAGUGCAUCUCGGAUUCUAGCCAUCAACGUUUGAUAGAGGGGCCGAACUUGACUAAAUUACUCACGGUGAACAUUUCAGCCCCAAAAUAUGGAAUCUGAAGGACAUCCAUCUGGUUGUGAAAAUAUUUUGAAUCUUCAAAUCAGAAGUUUGUGAUACCGGCACAAGAACUGACCAACUUUUAACAGUGUCGUAUUGCAAUCAAUAAAGGAGACUUGAGGAUUUCUUUGUGAUACUCGGCUUCGAAAAUUUUAAAUUGUGAUAACCAUGACCAAAGUGAAAUCCGGAUGAGCGGUUUGCAGAUGAAAAUAGAUUCUUGGAACAGCAGUGUCAAGCAUAAGUGAUUAAACUGGGGAAUAGAAGUCUGAGCUCCAUCCCUAAGCUAAGCAUUUAUUCCUCAACAGUUUCAGUUUAUGCAGGAAUGAUGUUACAUAGAUCAUUUUCAGAUCACAUUAGCGGUCAACUAAUUUGAUUAGAAUGUAUGUUCUUUAUAGCAUUAUUCAUUUCAAGUCCUAUUCUUAAAUGAAGGGCUGUCAUAUAAUAUAAGACCAAAGUGUUUGGUGAGAAAACAACUAAAAAGCAUUUGUAACACUUUCAAAGAGGAUGAUCCCUCUUGAGUGGUUUUCAGUAUAUAUAGCGUAGUACAUAGGGCCUCAUGUUGUAAACUUCAGGAGAUUAGGUUUUAUAUGAACGUCCUUUUUUUGGGAGCUCACA